UAUAAGAGCACACACACACACUCUCACACACUCUGCAUGCUUUCUGCAGAGCAGACAUAAAGCCUUCUUCACCUCUCUAGAAGACUCUGACUUGGGAGUUCUGUGGCUGGACUAUAAUUAGCGUGAAAAGAGCAAAGGGUCGAUACCAGAGGCCAAAGGUCACUAGUACAGAGCCAGGAUGGGCUACCCAUUAACGUGGGCCUUUCUUCUUGUUCUCUGUGGAAUUACUGGCACCUUCUCUCAAGGACCACAGAGAGCAGACAAUGGAAGAUCUGUGAGCCGCGAUCCAGCUGUGUUCUAUAAUGAAGAUGACUAUGAGUGGACAACAUGGUUUAACAUCGAUCACCCUGGAGGAAGGGGUGACUAUGAGCAGCUGGAUGCCAUUCGUUUCUAUUAUCGAGCACGUGUGUGCAGCUCUCCACAGGCCCUGGACGCUCGUACUACAGACUGGAUCCCAGCACGCAGGACUGGAGAGAGGGUGCACGCUGACCCUGCCUUGGGAUUCUGGUGUGUCAAUGCAGAGCAGCCUGCAGGAAAGAACUGCUCUAAUUACGCAGUUCGGUUUCUCUGCCCAAGAGACAAGCAGCCAGAAAUUCAUGGAGUGUGGGGUCAAUGGUCAGAAUGGAGCCCCUGCCCAGCACAGUGUGGUCAGUUAGCAGUUCAUGUGCGCUCCAGAACCUGCAAGACGCAAUCCAGGCCAUGCAAUGGUCCGACCAUAGAGGGCAAGCAGUGCAAAGGACCCACAUGUCCAGGUUGUGAUCUGCAGUGUGCUAUGGGGAAAGUGAAUGCAGAGUGUAAUGCCUGCACAUGCCAGGAACACACCAUUCUUGGGUCGGUUCGCAGUGCUGGGGGUCUCCCAGCUCCUGGGGCAACCAUCCUCCUCUCUGACAAAAGCCCCAAGCUUCUUACACUAACUGACCAUAAUGGACACUUCCGUGUGCCAGGAAUCUGCCCCAAUGGCAACACCACACUGCUGAUCAAGAUGCAGAACCACACUCCUCAAAGAGUCACCGUGCCACUGAGCUCUGAACACACCACUGUCCUUAAUGUGAAGCUGGACCGAGCAAAAAAACUGUAUGUACAAAAGAACCCAGAAUCCAAAGCCAGGAGAGAGGGUCAAACAGCUGCCUUUUGCUGCAAGAUUGCUGGAUCGCCUGAACCUGAAGAGUACCAGUGGUUUCACAAUGGAAGUCUGCUUCAGAAAAGUAGAUAUCAGUAUGAUGAGACUUUGGUUUUGAGGAACCUCCAGAUGGACCAGGCUGGAGAGUACUACUGCAGAGCCAGUAAUGAGAAUGGAGCUAUUAAAUCAAAGCCAGCCACCCUCACAGUUAUUGAUCAAGAUGAACCAUCAUGCAACCCGAAGCCUGAAGCCCACUUGAUCCGCCUGCCUCAUGACUGCUUCCAGAACCAGACAAACUCAUUCUAUUACGAUGUAGGAAGAUGCCCUAUAGGAACGUGUACUGGCCAGCUGGACAAUGGUAUUCGAUGCAAAGAUUCCAUAUCUUUCUGCUGUGGAGUGUCCAAGAUGGAAGAGAGACAAAUAACAUGUCAAGGCUACCAGUUACCCACAAUGAUGGUCACACAAUGUGGCUGUAAAAAAUGUGUUGAUACAAAAGCUAUAGUUCGUGGACGUGCUAUCGCUGCAGAUACUGGAGAGCCCAUGAGAUUUGGACACAUCUACAUGGAUGGUGUGAGGGUUAGUCGAACAGGGUACAAGGGCGCAUUCUCCAUCCAAGUACCCACUGGCACUGAAAGGCUAGUUCUUACUUUCGUGGACAAUAUGCAAAAGUUUGUGAACACUACCAAAGUACUUUUGUUCAAUUCUAAAGGUGGGGCUGUAUACCAUGAGAUCAAACUGCUAAGGAAGAAGCCUCCUGUCACCAUUCGCUCCACAGAAACCAACAAACUAGAGCUUGGAGAGGUAAAAGGAGAGGAACCCAUGGCUGAGAUUGAGAUUCCACCCAAUGCUUUCUACAAAGAGAAUGGUGAGGUGUUUGUAGGUGACGUUCAGGCCAGCGUUACCUUCCUGGACCCAAGAGAUGUAUCCACAGCAGCUGCUGCUCAGAGUGAUCUCAACUUUGUUGAUGCUGAAGGUGACACACUGCCUUUGAGAACCUAUGGCAUGUUCUCAGUUGACUUCCGGGAUAAGGAGAGCAGCGAACCGCUAAAUGCUGGAGAAGUUAAAGUUCGUCUUGAUGCAGCUCAAGUGAAGAUGUCUGAACACUUGAAGACAAUGAAGCUGUGGUCCCUCAACCCUGAGACUGGUCUUUGGGAAGAAGAGGGACAGUUCCAGCUGGAGAAGAAGCAACGAGGAAAACGAGAAGAGAGGACCUUCCUUAUUGGCAACAUGGAAAUCAGAGAAAGAAGGCUGUUUAAUUUAGACGUACCUGAAAAUAGGAGAUGUUACGUUAAGGUCCGUGCCUUCCGCAGCGAACGCUUCAUGCCAAGUGAGCAAGUUGAGGGUGUCGUGACGACCUUGAUCAAUAUGGAGCCUACAGCUGGCUACUCAAGCAAUCCUCGUGCCUGGGGAAGGUUCGACAGUGUAAUCACUGGCCCUAAUGGUGCUUGUCUACCUGCCUUCUGUGAUGAACAGAGAGCAGAUGCAUAUUCUGCGUACAUCAUGGCCAACCUUGGAGGCGAAGAACUGGAGGCAGUGGCUUCAGCUCCAAAAUUAAAUCCCAAUAUCAUUGGUGUCCCCCAACCAUAUCUGAAUAAACUGAACUACAGACGAACAGACCACGAUGAUGCCAGAAUCAAGAAGACAGCUUUCAGCAUCAACGUAGCAAAGCCCAGUCCGAACACAGCUGAGGAAGCAAACGGCCCGAUUUAUCCAUUUGAAAAGCUGAAGGAAUGUGAGGAGGCUCCAUUUAGUGCACCUCACUUCCGCUUUUCAAGAGUUGAGGGAGAUCGCUACGACUACAACACGGUUCCUUUCAAUGAGGACGAUCCCAUGAGUUGGACAGAAGACUACCUGAGCUGGUGGCCAAAGCCAAUGGAAUACAGGGCUUGCUAUAUCAAAGUCAAAAUCAACAGCCCUCAUGAAAUCAAUGUUCGUUCUCGCAACAUGGGAGGCACCCAUCCAAGGACCGUUGGCCAGUUGUAUGGCAUUCGUGACAUCCGCAGCAUCCGCGACAUGGACCAGUCAUCUGUCUCAGCCGUCUGUUUAGAGUUCAAAUGCAGUGGCAUGCUCUAUGACCAGGACAGAGUGGAUCGUACCCUUGUAAAAGUGAUCCCUCAGGGCAGCUGCAAGCGAGACGGUGUUAACAGUAUGCUACAAGAAUACUUGGUCAACCACCUUCCACUGGCUGUCAACAACGAUACAAAUGAGUUCACCAUGCUUGCGCCUUUAGACCCUCUUGGCCAUAACUAUGGCAUCUACACCGUCACUGACCAAGAUCCUCGCACAGCUAAGGAGAUAGCACUUGGUCGUUGCUUUGAUGGGACAUCAGAUGGCACCUCCCGAGUUAUGAAGAGCAAUGAAGGUGUAGCUCUAACCUUCACCUGUGGUGACAAAGAAGUCACCAGACAGAGUGUGUUCCAGCAGCUCCAGAAUUCACCCGGCCGAGCCAUAGCAGGAAGCGCUCAGCCAGGACGAGGCAACAGAAGACAGAGAGGAGACUCCUCAGCAGCACGCCGCAAUAGCCGGAGAAGGAGCACUCGCAAUCCCAACAAACGUUCCCAAACCACAGGCUGAAGGUCAAAACAAUUAAUGAGCAUGGCGAAAGAAGAUGAGCUGGCAACACCUACUGCAGAAGAGCUAUGCCAAAUCCACUGAUGGUCCAUCAUCUUUGGACUAUCUGUAAAGCAGCUAAAGUAGGUUUAUUAUAGCUGAUGCAACAUUCUUAAAAACGACAUGAUGCACUGUGAAACUUGAUUGAUGGGUUAGACCAUAUAAAAUAUACCCAGCGCUGAACCCACAGUAAUGAUCAACUCAUCUCAGUAAAACAAAAGUUAUCUUGCUAACCCAUAAAUCCAGCUUCAUUGAAUAUUUCUUCAGCACUCCAAGCACACUUACGACUUAAGAUGGGAGUGUCAGCAGUUUCACAGUAAUGACAGCGGUAUGUUUAGGAAUGUUACUAACUUGGUAAAAAUUUAGCACACCUUAUUUUCAGAACCAUCCAGGAACAUUGGUUUUAAAUUACUUUAACUGUUAUUUUUGAUCACAUACUUUCUAUUUACUUGUACUGUGAUACAUAUUUACUACUUGAAACUGUAAAUAAUGGGAUAUUUAUUUCAUAGAUAACAGGACUUCAAUCACCCAAAUACCAAAGUAUACAAAUGUCAAGUGUAUUUGAUUCACUUACUUGAAAUAUAACUAAGAAAGUUGUGAAAUAAAACUACAAAACACA